AUGAACGACCCCGACGCGUUCCUCGUCGCGCGUGUGCUGCACGACAAGCAGGCGGUGACGUACCGCCUCCUGAGCCGCACGCUGGGGAUAGACGUGGACGUGGCCAAGGCCGCAAUGCAGGCGUGGUACAAGGCGAACGACGCGUCGUGCGCCGCGACGUACGUCGUACACGGCGUGCGCAAGGCGGACGACCUGGAGACGAUUGCGCUCGUGAGCGCAGAUGGGCUGCAGGCGGAGCUGCAGGCGUACACGUCGAGCACGCACCAGAUCUACGCAGUCCAGGCACACAAGACCUACGAUGCGCCGCUCCUUGCAGCCGUCAACCGCGAGAUGGCGCACGACGCGGCGCUCGUCGAGCGCUAUGCGAAUGGCGCGUCGGAGCUCGGCGCGAUCGGAAACUCGCACACGAAGCGCGACGGCGCGACGCCGCUCGCCGCCCCACGACCCCGCGCCGCGCCGAGCGCCGCGCCAAGUGCCGCGCCGAGCGCGGCCCCGAGCAAGGAGCAAGAUACCAAGCCGGCGCCGUCGGGCGAGACGCGCCGCGUACGCAAGAAGCGCAAGGUCAUGCGCAAGGUCAAGACCAAGAACGAAAAGGGGUACACCAUCACCCAGGACGUCGAAGAGUACGAAUCCUAUUCGGAGGACGAGCCGGUGGACGCGCCCAAGGCCGAGGCCAAGCCCGAAGCCAAGCCCGAGGUCAAGCCCGAGACCAAGCCCAAGGCACCGCCCAAGCGGCCGGCGCCAAAGGGCAAGCAGCAGCCGUCGCUCACGUCGUUCUUUACAAAGCAGGCUCGGUAG